GGCGGCCGGCGACCGCCGCGCUCCCCUGACCUGCGUGCCCCGCUGGCCGCGCCGGGCUGCCCCGAAGGAUGUCCGCCCAGUCCAAGGGGACCGCAUCCUCCUCCUCUUCGCCGUCCGAGGGGCCGCCGGCAGCCUCCAAAGCCAAGGUGAAGGAGCAGAUCAAGAUCAUCGUGGAGGAUUUGGAAUUAGUCCUGGGGGACCUGAAGGAUGUCGCCAAGGAACUUAAGGAGGUGGUUGACCAAAUUGACACACUGACGUCUGAUCUGCAGCUGGAGGAUGAGAUGACAGACAGUUCCAAAACAGACACACUUAACAGCAGCUCUAGCAGCACAACAGCUUCCAGCUUGGAGAAAGUCAAGGUGCGCAGCAACCCCCCUCUCAUCAAGCCGCCUGCACACCCCUCUGCCAUCCUCACUGUGCUGCGGAAGCCAAACCCGCCUCCACCUCCACCACGACUGACGCCUGUCAAGUGUGAUGAACCUCCCAGGCUGCCUCCUUUGGCCAACCCAGUCAAGACGAACGGCACCCUGCUGCGAAAUGGGGGCUUGCCAGUUGGGCCCAGCCGCAUCCCAAAUGGAGAUGUGUGCUGUAUACCGAACAAUAAUUUGGAGAAAGUUGUGGUGCAGCCUCUGAUGCACAGACCUGAGAAAGAACGGUGUCCUCAGCUGGGAGCAAGGGAACGGGUACGAUUUAGUGAAAAAGUGCAGUACCACGGUUACUGCCCUGACUGUGAUGUUCGGUAUAACAUUAAAAACAGGGAGGUGCACUUGCACAGUGACUCGGCCCAUGUUGCUGGAAAGCUGCCACACCAGUGCCCUCCUCUGCCACCUCCACCACCUCCACUGCCUCCAUUUCCUCUGGAAAAUGGAGGGUUGGGGAUAAGUCCCAGUAAUAGCUUUCCUCCUCCAAGACCUGCAACUGUGCCUCCACAAACUGCACCAAAACCCCAGAAGACCAUCUUGAGGAAAUCAACCACUACAACAGUGUGAAGUAUGCCACUUGUAAUAACUCUUUAUUUUUUCCUAUAUAUAAACAUAAAUAGGUAAUGAGCACUUUCUACUUGAGCAAUAAAAAGACCCAAUGUAUUACUCCCUGUGUCCAGUGGAGUGGCAUAAAAAUCACAUGGGAAUGAAUUUUGAAACUUCAGUAUUUCUUUGUAAGCACACCUUCAGGCUUGAAGGAACACCUAUAUUUGGAGGCACGUCAGUUAAUUUGUUGCAUAUCAGAUUCAUCAUUGUGACUUCUUGCAGGCCAGAUCUGAGAAGUAACCAGGAACCUGAUCCUUAGUGGAGAAUGGAAGAGCCCUUCAAGUGAGAGCACAACUGGUCACUAAUGUAAUAAUCUGCAUUGAGUCAUCUUUCUCAGAUCUGACAGCUACAAGCUGAGUCCCGGCAAAAGCCACAGCCUUAAAUUCCAUUCAGCGGGAAAGAAGGAUGAGAGAACUAAACGUCUUGCCCCAUUGCAGAGACUGCUGUCUCCAAGCCUGACACCUGAGUUCUGUGCUGAGCAACCAGAGUAAGAAACAGUGAGGUCUUUUAUGAGUACAGCCAGCAUCCACAAAUAUUUCAAUAUGUAGCCAAAAGGAGAAAUGAAGCACUUGUGAUAUCAGAAAAUGAAUACAUUUACUAUAACAGAGGACUGUUGCUGUCUGUGGGGAAAGAAGACCUCUGUCAUCCCUUGUACAUAUUCAAAGCCAUACAGGAACAGGGCAUCAGUGAAGUUAAAUCACUUAGAAGGAUGCUGUUUCCUGUCCUCCACCCAACUUUGAGGAAGUUCCGCUGUUAGAGAUUGCAUCGCAAUGCACUUCUAGUAUUUGCACUGUCACUUCCAUUCAGGGUAAUGAUGUGUGCCACCAUUUGCACAGAUGGCCCCAGCAGAUUUUUGACCACAAACUAUACUUUGCCGGGGCUCCAAAAGGAAUUAACAAGUUAGAACUGAAGAAAGACAUUUAUGCUCUCUUUCACUAUGGGGAUCUCUUCACAGAAAGGACUAUGGUCCUUUCUUAGGAUUAAAUAAAUACAUGCAUAUACAUACAUAUAUAUAUAUGUAUAUAUAUGAAGAAGCAUCAACAUGAUAAGGUGUAUUUAAAAAGGGGAUAUAAUCUUUUUUAAUAGUAUCCUUUUUUUUUUGUCAUAUUAGCAGCCAAGAAAUUUAGUCUAUUGAAUUAUACAUCCAAAAUGUUCCUAUCGAACAUUGACAUUUUAGUCCCAAUUACUGUUAAAGAAGUCAUUUGUAAUAUGUACUUGACAUUAAAUUUUUCUAGCCAUUUGUCUAUACUUCAUGGAGAAAUCUAACAGACAAGCAGCGUUUUCAGUUUAUUUUUCUAAAUAAAUAUGUUGUUUGUAUCAUUUACAGUCACUCAUUUUGGCUGGUUUUCAUUAUCUCCAAAAGUGAUUUAAAGACAGAACCAAAACACAGAAAUUGUUUGUUUUAGGCUGUAAUGAUUUGCUGAAUGAAAGCUUUAAUAUAAAUACUGUAAUUUGUAAAAUGAUGAAGUAUAUUUAUAUAGGCAAAUAUGUAUGGAAAACAAAAGGAGGUAUUUUAACUCUUAAUUUCAGAACAUAGUUUAUUUUAAUAACCACAGGAAGAAAUUAAAUAUAUAAUGGUUAGGGGUUUUUUUAUAAACAGUGGAUUUUAGUAAGUGAAGAUUUGGAUGUUUAAGAAUGACAUGAAUGUAGUCUAAUAAUGGUGGUUUCCCAAAUUAUACAGAGACCUUUUGGCAACUGUCUCAUUUUAUUCAAAAACUGGUUUAGGUUUUUGGGGAGUUGGCGGUUUUUUAGGGUGCGUGUGUGCUACUAUUUUUGUUUGGGUUUUUGUUUGUAUUAGCAUACUGACAAGACCAUGAAGUUGAUACUAUUUGAUAGUAAUUUGAAAAGCUACAGAAUAAGAGGUUGUUCCUUAGGGUGAUCUACACUUUACAGUUAAGAACAGUCAUUGUUAUCCGUCUAAUGCAGUGGUUUGUUGUACAGUUAUUGAACAUUUCAAUGCUAGAGCUGUUUUGAAUAAAAACCUUUUUUUUUCAUUUUUUUUCUUAGUCCAUUAGCCUGUGUGUAAUUUUAAGAGAAAAGUAGUGCAUUUGGUUCCCAGUUCACUCAAAUCAUUCAUCGUAAAUCCAGUCAUAUGUAUCUGAUUUAUAAAGCUGAAUAGGUUUUUCUUUUAUUUUAUUGCUUCAUGGAAUCUAUUAAGUGCUCACUAACAGAAAAAAAUAUCUUUCAAAAAAAAUUAAUCUGUGGUUAACUUUGUAAAGGGCAAAUAUCUUAAAAAUGUGUUGCUCUGCUCUAAUGUACUAACCAGUGUAUGCGUGUAUGUUUGUGUGUGUGUGCACGCAUGCGCACCCUUACCUGCUCAUGAAUGAAAUGCCAGCUCUGCUGAAGUAAGUGCCACACGUCCUGUUUCUGCAAAAGAUGCUCAUGUUACUGUAUUUUUUGGUGAAAGACCUGAGUUCUGUCUUUGCUUGUGACUCUGAAGCCAUAAACAGCUUUUGAAGUUUGUCAGGAAAUCAGAAAAUGAAAUAGUAAGUUUAUAUUAGACUCCGUCAUUUGGCAAAACUUGGGAUGAUCUAAUGAUGUGACUCUUUUCUUUUAAAGAAAGUUAGUGGUCAAUUUCCAUUGGUGCAAUGGAUAAAUGAAACCUUUUUUGUAUUUGUUAAAGAAUGAUGGUUGUGUUUUGUUCACACACAAUUUAGCUUACAGUUGGCUUACAGUCGUGUUACUAUGAUGUCAUUUCUGUGUCAUUAGAAUACCUUAUUUGGACACACAACUUGCAUGGGCUUGGUUUUGCUCCCUCUUCUGAUAACCUAUACUUUAAAAUUGGAAAGUUCGUUCUUUGAAACUAGUAUUCAGAGUUGUUUAAGAAAGGGGCAACAUUACUGAAACAGUAAGAAAAUUUAAGAAUGCUAAUUUGAACACUUCCAUUAUUGCCUAAUGAUAAAACUUGGAAAGCUCUUAUUUUUGUGAACAAAAUGCAUUCAUUUAUAUCUGAAAAUAUCCCAAUAAAAAUCUAGUGAAAUAAUUUGUUACUACUUGCAAAUAUUUUUCUGCUAUUCUGAAUUCUAGAUCAGCUUGUUUGUAAAAUUUUUAUUGCACAAAACCCACCUGAUACAAUGUACAGUUUUCUUCAGAAAAAUACAUGAGAUAUGAAAAAUAA